UGGACGUACAAUGCGCCGGAUGGUGCUCCCACCUCUGGCCCCCAGAUUUCAUCCUUGGCCAUUGUAUUCACGUCCGUUGCACUUCUUGUGGUUAUUAUGCGCGUUUACGUCAGAGGCUUCAUGGUAAAAGCAUUCGGAGCAGAUGACUGGAUCAUUAUUGCAACAUGGUUUGCCAGCUGUGGGUUUGCAGUUGUGACGAUCAUCCAAACGAAGUACGGCCUCGGACUCAAGAACCUUGAAGAUAUGCCUCAGGAAAACUACUAUCACUUUCUUUUGUUACAAUUCAUCGGUGCACCUUUCUACAUUUCGAGCAUUCUUGGAUUCAAGCUCAGUCUUCUCUUGAGCUACCUGCGCUUCAUGGCAGCAGGCUUUUGGUACAAGGCAACUGUGGUUGUCGCUGUCGCCUGCACUCUGUUCCAUUUUUCCUUCUUGAUGGCCCAGGUCAAUCUGUGCACGCCCGUUCGCAAGCAGUGGGAUGCCAGCGUCACUGGAGGAUCUUGUCUCGACGGUGUGCCCAUGUAUACCGCGAUGGCCUCCAUCACCAUGGUCUUUGACGUGGUAGUCAUGCUCGUUCCCUUCCCGACGCUUAUGAAGCUACAAAUUCCGAAUCGAAAAAAGACAGUCCUCCUCGGCCUCUUCGCCAUGGGCACAUUCAUUUCCAUCAUCCAAAUCGUCCGUAUACAAACCAUCAAAUCUCUCUCAAACCUCAUCGACUCGGGGCCCCUCAUCAUGUGGUCAACGGUAGAAAACAACCUCGGCAUCAUCGUGGCCUCGGUCCCCACCCUCGCUCCGCUAGUGAGAUACUUCAACGAGCAAUCCAGAGUGGGAAGUCGAAGCCGAAGCAGGUCCAACAAGGGAGGAGAUUCGGGGUACGCUCUGCAAUCGAACUGGCGCAAGAAUCUGUCGCGU